GACCCCUUGUAAACGACUCCGAAAGGGUUAAGGGCGAUGAAGAAAGGUGUCUGGUGACAAAUCAAAUGCUUUCCCUUCAUUAAUUCCUUGUCCUUCUCUCACUGUUUCAUAGAUUAGUUUUCAAGAUUUGUCUUAAAUCAUAGUGUUGUUAACACUAAAAUCAUGAAGAGAGGGUACUCAGAAUCUCCAUCUUCGAGUUCUUAUGGACCUCCUCAAUCCAAAUUUAAGCACAACCCAGAAGGCGACACUCAUUUUCUGGAAGAUGAGAGUACAAAAAUCUUUGCCAGGAAGGUGGCUGAUCAUUACAGUGCCAGGACCAACCAAACUCUUGAAGAGCGUGAAGCAAGUCCUAUCAUCCAUUUAAAGAAACUUAACAAUUGGAUCAAGAGUGUCUUGAUUCAACUUUAUACAAAAAGAGGGGAUGCAGUUCUUGAUCUUGCUUGUGGGAAGGGUGGUGAUCUCAUCAAAUGGGAUAAAGCAAAGAUUGGAUAUUACGUUGGUAUUGAUAUUGCCGAUGGUUCAAUAGAAGACUGUCGUACCCGUUACAAUGGUGAGGCAGAUCACCAUCAGAGGCGGAAAAAGUUCUCAUUUCCUGCCAGACUUCUGUGUGGAGAUUGUUAUGAGGUUCGCUUGGAUAGGGUUUUAGCAGAUGAUGCACCUUUUGAUGUUUGUAGCUGUCAGUUUGCUAUGCAUUAUUCGUGGUCUACUGAGGCACGUGCACGGCGUGCGCUGGCCAAUAUCUCAGCUUUACUCCGACCUGGAGGAAUAUUUAUUGGAACAAUGCCAGAUGCCAAUGUCAUCGUCAAGAAGUAUAGAGAAGCAGAGGGGCUAGCCUUUGGUAAUAGUGUCUAUUGGAUACGUUUUGAUGAAGAAUUUUCAGCGAAGAAAUUUAAAUCUUCAAAUCCUUUUGGCAUCAAGUACAAGUUCCAUCUGGAGGAAAGAUUGAGGCGAAUCUGGAGCGCUGGCGCGGUGAGGAGAUUUGGAGCAGACGAGCGGACGAGCUGGAGCUGCUGUUUGCUGACUGGUCGAUGGUCGUCACUCGUCUCACGUCUGGUCGUCGUCGAUGGUCGAAGGUCAAUGGCACUUGAGCCGACGGUCUUUCGGAAACAGCAUCUCUACCUCCUCGAGGUAGUGGAUGCUGUUGACUGUCCUGAGUGGAUUGUUCCUUUCCCUGUCUUCAAGGCAAUGGCAGAAGAGUAUGACUUCGAGCUAGUCUUUGUGAAGAACAACCAUGAAUUUGUGGAUGAAUACAUGAAGAAACCAGAGUUCAUUGAGCUAAUGAGGAGGCUCGGCGCAUUAGGUGAUGGAAACCAAGACCAAAGUACUCUAUCACCAGACGAAUGGGAGGUAGCCUACCUUUAUUUGGCAUUUGUUCUAAGGAAGCGAGGGCAACCAGAUCAAACACAAAGAAACCCUAGACGAGACAAAGGCAAGAUGCAGUUGACAAAAGACGAUAUUGAGAAUGUUAACGGUGCAGUGUAGUGCUUUGCUCCAACCUUUGAAACUGAAAAGACUUAUGGGACAUGAGGAAGUUUCUGGAAGGAAGGGGAACAAUCAACACAGUGUGCCCCUUUCAAGUCGAUAAAUCGAGUUGCUAAUCAAUUUUGCAGAAUAAAGACUAGUUUUCGCCUAAUCAUUGUUACAACUUCAAUUUGGUAUUAUACUCCAGCAUAAAAAGUUGAUGUGGGCUGAGGUGGCUGGCUCUAAUGAUACUAGUCACCAGUGCAAUGUUUGUUAACUUUCAACUUGCCAUGUAAUUCUCUGUACCAUUACAAAUUUAAAGAGAAAAAAUAGCCCCAAAAAGAUAUCUGGAAUA